CGCGAAUCACGGGUAACCUGCCGGUUGCUGCUGCUGCUAAUGUUGUUUUCAAAAUGGAUGACAAGUUUAUUCGACAUCGUUCACUAUUGCUAUUAAUUUCUUAUUUAUUUUUAAAUCUUGUAUCAGCAAGGCGACACACAAAUAAUUGGGCUGUGCUGGUCAGUACAUCUAGGUUCUGGUUCAAUUAUAGGCAUGCUGCAAAUACAUUAUCAAUUUAUCGCAGUAUAAAGCGACUUGGAAUACCAGACAGCCACAUAAUUUUGAUGCUAGCUGAUGAUGCUGCAUGCAGCCCCCGGAAUCCAAGGCCUGCAACUGUGUUCAAUAAUAGAAAUCAACAUAUCAAUGUUUACGGGGAUGAUAUUGAAGUGGAUUAUAGAGGAUAUGAGGUCACUGUUGAGAACUUCAUAAGAAUUCUAACAGGACGAUUAGAAGACACAGUUCCUCGAUCAAAGAGACUUUUAUCAGAUGAAACAAGCAAUAUUUUUAUUUACCUGACAGGUCAUGGUGGAGAUGGGUUUCUGAAAUUCCAAGAUUCUGAGGAAAUUACAUCGAUUGAAUUAGCAGAUGCAUUCGAGCAAAUGUGGCAAAAGGGAAGGUAUAAUGAGCUUUUGCUGCUGGUUGACACGUGCCAGGCAGAAUCCCUUUAUGGCAAGAUUUACUCCCCAAAUAUAAUCGCUGGUGCAAGUAGUAAAGUUGGCGAAGAUUCGUUGUCGCAUCACGACGACCCAUCAAUUGGCGUGCACGUGAUCGAUUCAUGGACCUAUUACAUCUUACAGUACCUUGAGCAAGUAACCCAAAAUAGCACGCAUUCGCUAGAUGAUUUUUUUCGUGGAACGUCAGAUUAUUCGUUGGUCAGGUCAACUCCAACUCAAAGGACUGAUCUUUUUCAAAGGGACCCUGACAAGACCCCGCUGACUGAUUUUCUUGGAAGCGUUCAUACAGUGCAUUUACAAAGCGAAUCAUUGCCAAUGAUGGAACAAUGUCACAAGUGUAUUUCAAGAGCUGCCGAAGAUGGGCAACAGCAAGCCAAUGCCCCUUUGCACUAUGUCAGUCAAAUGAUCUUUGACCAACAUUAGCGUCGCAAGGCUUCUUGGGAUUCCCGUUAACCCAAGCAUUUGUCGAUGACAUUGGGUACUGUUGUGAUUUAAGUUGCAUUAAUGGAUUUUGAUUCUUGUAUACACUGUCAAACAUCUUUCUGUCGUUCUAA